GGCAGCCAUUUUGUAUUCGAAAGAACAACAUGUGACUGUUUCUUCUUGAAUAAAAAUAUUGAAAUAAUACUCUUAUCGCCAUAAAAAUGGUGAAGAACAGAAAGAAAGGAGAGAUUCAGGCUUCCAGAGCCGAGCUGAUGGUGAUGACAGUAUCAGAAAUCGUCAAACAGCUUAUCAAUGCACACGAGAAGGAAGAGAAUGUUAACCUAAACAAAGUAAAAGGUGAAGCAGCAAGUAAAUAUGGCUUGGCAAGUCAACCAAGAUUAGUAGAUAUUAUAGCAGCUGUUCCACAGGCUUAUCGAAAGGUUUUAUUACCAAAGCUAAAAGCAAAACCAGUCAGAACUGCAUCUGGGAUUGCAGUUGUUGCUGUCAUGUGUAAACCUCACAGAUGUCCACAUAUCAACAUGACUGGAAAUAUAUGUGUAUAUUGCCCAGGUGGGCCAGACUCAGAUUUCGAAUAUUCUACACAGUCAUAUACAGGAUAUGAGCCAACAUCAAUGAGAGCAAUUAGGGCAAGGUAUAAUCCAUUCCUCCAGACCAAACAUCGAGUUGAUCAGCUCAAGCAACUAGGACACAGUGUAGACAAGGUUGAAUUCAUUGUGAUGGGUGGAACAUUUAUGUGUCUGGAUGAAAGCUACAGAGACUAUUUCAUCAGGAAUCUGCAUGAUGCUUUGUCAGGACACUCUAGCAACAAUGUAGAUGAAGCUGUCAAGUACUCUGAGAGAAGUAAAACUAAAUGUAUUGGAAUAACUAUUGAAACAAGACCUGAUUACUGCCUCAAGAAACAUCUUAGUUCUAUGUUGUCGUAUGGUUGUACAAGGCUUGAAAUUGGUGUUCAAAGUGUAUAUGAGGAUGUAGCAAGAGAUACAAACAGGGGGCACACAGUCAGAGCUGUCUGCGAGUCUUUUCAAUUUUCAAAAGAUGCUGGUUUUAAAGUAGUUGCACACAUGAUGCCAGAUUUACCUAACGUUGGUUUAGAGAGAGAUAUUGAUCAGUUUAUCGAAUUUUUUGAGAAUCCAGCUUUUCGUGCAGAUGGUUUGAAGAUUUAUCCAACACUUGUGAUUCGUGGCACUGGACUAUAUGAGCUUUGGAAAACAGGCCGGUACAAGAGCUACCCUCCCAACACCUUAAUAGAUCUGGUAGCUCGAAUCCUUGCUCUCGUUCCUCCAUGGACUAGAGUCUAUCGAGUGCAAAGAGACAUCCCCAUGCCACUAGUGAGUUCAGGCGUAGAACAUGGUAACCUAAGGGAACUGGCACUAGCCAGAAUGAAAGAUUUAGGUACCCAGUGUCGAGACGUGCGAACGAGAGAAGUUGGUAUUCAAGAGAUACACCACAAAGUUCGACCAUACGAGAUUGAGCUUAUUCGUCGAGAUUAUGUUGCAAACAAUGGCUGGGAAACUUUUCUCUCGUACGAAGAUCCAGACCAAGAUAUCCUGGUUGGUCUUCUUCGACUCCGCAAAUGCUCCGAGGAAUCUUUCAGACCUGAACUGAAGGACCGCUGUUCUAUUGUCAGAGAGCUGCAUGUCUAUGGAAGUGUCGUUCCCGUCAGCGCGAGGGAUCCCAGCAAAUUCCAACAUCAGGGUUUUGGUAUGCUACUUAUGGAAGAAGCAGAAAGAAUAGCACGAGAAGAACAUGGUUCGAUUAAAAUUGCUGUUAUAUCAGGUGUAGGGACACGUAACUACUACCGCAAGAUUGGCUACGAACUAGAAGGACCAUAUAUGGUCAAGACCCUUGUCUCGUGAUAUUAUCUUCAAGAACUUUGAAUCAAUAGUACCAUAUAUGGUCAGGAGCCUUGUCUCGUAAUAUUAUCUUAUACGGUCAAGAACCUGGUAUCAAUAAUACCAUAUAUGGUCAAGACCCUCGUCUCGUAAUAUUAUCUUAUACGGUCAAGAACCUGGUAUCAAUAAUACCAUAUAUGGUCAAGAGCCUUGUGUUGUAAAAAGCGCAGCGGUCAAAGGAGGGGACAACGCCAAUACUGUCAAACCCUCACCUAUAAGCAUUAGCUAAAAGCGAUUGUUCUCACCCUCUGCUCAAAAAACUUCUCCUCACUGCAUGUGAGGCUAUUCUCCGGCCAUUCACAUUUUCCAUUGUACAUCAUUUCUGUCAGAUUGUGACCAUACUGGAGAGCAGCGACUUCCAAGUCUAGGGAAUAGUUCAAACCACUUUGAAGUCUAGGCCACUCUCUUUUCUUGAUAUGGUCAAGUAGGUCCAAAAUACCGUUGUUCGAAUGUACCGUUGAUUCGGCUUCUUCUAAACAUGCUGUUAUUGCAUAUGCUGACGGCGGGAAAGUCCAGUGACUCUCUCGUUUCUGAUCGAUAUUUGAGGCGAACUUCAUAAGACAACACUUUGAGAACGUCAUGGUAAAUUUGAUUAGCAAGAAAGGCUCCUGCUCCAAGCAUCAAUAAUAUCCACAAUACUCUCCGAAUCUUGGAAGAUUUCUUGAAGGUAAAGUCAUGGAGCGUCGAGUAGGAACCAAAAGUUUCCCAUAAUUCCCUAGAGGAUGGAUUAUUUGCUAGGUUCAUUUUACACAAAUGCUUUAUUUACACCCUCUCUCUUCUCGAUACUUUACGUGCGUCCGUUUAAUUUUUGACUAAGUUUUGGCUCAUUGAUAAUAGCAUGCACCCAGCUGAACGACACUAGCCAGUCACAACGCGCACCCAUUCGUGAAACCUUUAAUUUUGCAAUUUUCGGAAAUUGAAAAUGACGCGACAAAUUAAUGAAUCAAAAAUUAACUCGUGAUAACUGAAAAAGAAUACAUGAAUAUCAAAAAGAAGGGAUAAAAACGGUUGGUGCAAAAAAAUGGUUGUUAACUGAUAUAAUUAGAUGUUAGUGAAAUAAAAAUUCUUUUUAUGCUUA